AUGCCGGUGCUCGUCCACAAGCGCUCUCCACACUCGUACGCCGUCCUCCCUAUUUCCCUCCUCACCACAAUCUCCCUCGCCGCCGUUCUCUUCUACCUGCAGUUCCUCUACCUCAUUUCCUUUGUGCUGCGCCCCUUCUGGCCCUCGCGCUACGAUUUCCCGCCCUUCCGCCUGGCCAUCGAGCAAGCCGAGCGCAUCGCCGUCGACAUCCUCCUCGGCAUCGUACCCCCGGCAAUCUACCGCUCGCCCAUGCCCUCCACCCUCCUCCAUCAUGAAGAUCCGCUUGGCCAGCGUCUCACCACCGCUCUACGUGGCUCCCAUGCUUGCCUAGACAGCAUCCGCAGCGCGCCUCCGCGCAUCGUCGAUCUGCCUCCGCUGCCCCAAUGCUACCCCCCGAGUCCCCCGCCACCCACGCCACACACCCAUGAGAACAAAUCGCAUGCCACGGGUCCUCCGGCGCCCUCUUCGCCAGGUCCAGGCCCUGGCACUGGGCCCGAUCUUGCUUCGAAAUGCACCCCCUCAGCCUCCGCCCUCUACGACACCGUGAAAAAGAGCAACCCGGCAAACUCCCCGCGGCCGCGCAUCUCCCCACCCCUUGAGCCAGCCCUGCUCCUGGCUGAGCAAGUCACGCAGCACGUCACCAAACGCCGCAACGAGCAGCAAGUUGUCGAGAUUGUUCAGACUCGCCCCGCGCCACCAGUUCCCGACUCCCCACGCCCCUGCCAGAAGUCGCCGGCUGUGUCAUUUGACGGGCCCAGUGAGCCCGGCGUGCUGUCCGCCUCGUCGCACUACACGGACGAUUCGACGUCUCUGAAUCUCGACGCUGCCCGUGGCGCCAAAUGCCGCUCGACGGAGAGUUACCCUGGCAAAUUUCCAGUUAGCGAGGGGAUGGAGUUUAGUUCGUUGGCGACGGCGGAGUAUGCCUUUCGAGAGCGGGGGACGACUUCUGUAAGGCCGUUCUCGGAUUAUUAG